UACCAAUUUUAGCAACAUGAAAAAAAGGAGAGAUUAUUACUCCUUAGGCAAUUCUCUUAUUUAAACAUAUAUAUAUGAAUUUUAAGCUAAGCUUAGCUAACCCUUCUCACUCUCUCUGCCAUGGAUCAUCAUCAUCAACACUGCUCUGAAUCCCCUCAAACCCUAUCCCCACCGCCACCUUCAUCCACAGAUGACACCACCACCACCAUCACUACUCCCACCUGCUGCAAAUGCGGCGCCACCGCCGCUUUCAAUGCUCCACCGCCAUGGUCUGAAAUCUCUCCCCCAAACUACCGUCCUAUUCGAGCUCCGGCGAUAAACCUCCCUCCAAACCAAUCUCAACAAGCUAUAAUCCUCACCCCAGUUCCCCAAGCCCAACGGGUCCCCAUUGAAACGCCGCCGUUUCAAUUCCAAACCCCUUCGAAGCGAAUCCAAUCCCCUGAAGACAUCCGUAGAUUCCAUGAAUCCUUCUCUGGUAAGAACUUCCUUGGUUUCAUCGUCGCUCUCUCUGAAUCUGUACGCGGCCGCAAGAUUUCUGAUCCUGUUCACCAUCAAUCCCCAAUCACUGACUCCAUCGUCUCUAUUCUUGAAACCCUAAUCCAGUGGGUUGAUGAAAUUCCUCCUACUCAGAUGAAAUCGCGGUACGGGAACGUUUCGUACAGGGUUUGGCAGGAGCGAUUGGUGGAAAACAGCGAAAACCUAAUGCUUCGAUUCCUCCCCGAUGAUCUCCGAUCUUCAACGGUGGAGAUCGUUCCUUACUUCACUGAUAGUUUUGGGAAUUCUAGCCGUAUCGACUAUGGUACUGGUCACGAGACCAAUUUUGCGGCGUGGUUGUAUUGCUUAGCGAGAUUAGGAUUGAUCAAGGAAGAGGAUUAUGAUUCAGUAGUGAUCAGAAUCUUCGUAAAGUACAUGGCUUUGAUGAGGAAAUUGCAGACAGUUUAUUGUUUGGAGCCUGCUGGUUCUCAUGGGGUUUGGGGUUUAGACGAUUAUCAUUUCCUUCCUUACAUUUUUGGGUCGUCUCAAUUGAUUAACCACAAGUACAUGAAACCCAAAUCGAUUCAUAAUGAGGAUAUAUUGGAAAAUUUCUCCCAUGAGUACCUUUAUCUUUCUUGCAUUGCUUUCGUGAAGAAGGUGAAAAAGGGUCCCUUUUCAGAGCAUUCUCCAUUGUUGGAUGAUAUCAGUGGAGUCCCUAACUGGAACAAGGUCAACAGUGGUUUGCUUAAGAUGUAUAAAGUUGAGGUUUUGGAGAAAGUUCCCAUUAUGCAGCAUUUCAUCUUUGGUUCCCUCAUUAAAUGGUAGUUGUGCUUGCUCUUUUACACUCCACUCAAAUCUCAAUAUUAUCCUGAACGAUAUAAGCGCACGGGCAAACUUCAUUAUAAAUUCCUAAUGACGAUUAAUACCGGCUAGCAAAAUAAUGGUAGGAAUAGGAUCUUACUUUGGUAACACUUUGAACUUGUUUGUAUUAGUGUCAAUGACGGCGGGAUAAUAUCCUCUAUGUCCUGGCGGUGCUUCAAUGGCAGCUCUGAACAAGUUCUCUCAUUAGUUGGUGUUUGUGAUGAGGAUGAUCACCAUGGCAAUGAUAAUGAGUCUUGUUUUGUUAUCGAACAAAUUAUGUUGAAAGUAAAAGAAGUUGAUCAUUUUCUCAUUGUAAAGGUUUCAUUCACAUGUUGAUUAGUUGGAUUUGGAUAAUUCAUCAUCUAACAUUGAUAGAGUUUAUGUUAUUCAGGGGAUCUGUCCUUACCAUUUUGCCACCUAACUUUUAGGAUUUGAAUUUGGGUAUGAUCUCCAAUGUAAUGUUUACAAGUAUGCUAAAAUCUUUAGUGAUGAAUUUUAUGAGAA